CCGAAAUUCAAAUGAGACUCGAUGAACUGAACGCGUGGUUUCGACAGAACGAGAAACUGCCACAGGAAAUUGACCGUCUGCUCUUGCGUCGCUUCUAUCAGUGCAUGUUCGGGAAUGUGGAGGACACCAAGAAGCUCAUUGAGGUAAAUUAUACGCUGCGCAAUAAACAUCCACAUCUGUUCAUCAAGCGUGAUCCAUUGGACGAGGACAGCCGCCGGACAUUUGAAUAUGCAGAUAUAUUGCCGUUGCCGGGUCUGACACCGGAUAAGUGCAAGGUGUCGCUUUAUCGCUUUAGGGACACUCAGCCCUCUAAGAUGCAUCAUACGGAGGAUACACGCGCCUUUUUCAUGGUUACCGAUUGUCGCUUCAUUACGGCCGACGAUAGCGCCAGGCCCGAUGUGCUUUCUGAGGGUGAGAUACAGAUUUUCGACAUGAUGGGUACAACAAUGGGCCACAUAGGACGGCUGACCAUUUCUACGCUGCGUGCCUAUGUUAAGUUCCUGCAGUUGGCGUUUCCGGUUCGCCUCAAGGCGAUUCACAUGGUCAACUGUCCCAGUGUUCUGGACACCAUAAUAAGAAUGGUGAAGCCCUUUAUCAGCGAUGAAGUUUACAGAUUGAUACGUUUUCACACUGGCCCUAUAGACACGCUCUACGAGUUUGUGCCACGGGAGAUGUUGCCCGAGGAGUACGGCGGCAACAAUGGAGCCCUAGCAGAUCUUCGAACACAGACACAUAAAGUUUUGGUUGAGCAUCGCGAUUAUCUAAUGGGUCAACAAAAUUGGCAUGUCGAGAAGGCUCAAAAGCGCAGUAUGCUGUCAUGGAAGCCCCUCAGAUAGGAUUAAGGCAAUUGUUGCAUUUUGAUUUACUCGCUUUUUGUUUUGUUUGUUUAUAUCGCUUACAUACAAACUUAAUUUAAAUAUAUGCAUUUCAGUGCAAAUAAAAAUUAUGUUAAAUUGGCAAAAA